AGGUUGAGUUUAUAUGGAGACGGCCGAUGAGAUUUUCCAACAUAUUAUAUAUCAUUGUGAGAUUUGGUGGCGGCGCACUCAUAUUUCUCUCUGCUUCAGCAUUUAUGAGCAAACACACUUCUAAAGAGGUAUGUUUCUGUUCAUUAUUCCUAAACAUUCAAGGGUGGCCCAGUUUCUGCAUUCUUUGGGCAGUUCAGCUCAUACUGCAGCUCCGAGUGUACGCUCUAUACCGCCGAUCUCUAGCGGUCCUGAUUGCGAUGGCGGUCGGAUUUACGAUUGAGGUUAUAGUCAUGUCUAUCUUUUUAGGAAUAGGCAUGGCAGAGAAUACCAAUACAAAUAAGCCGAUGCCAAAUAUUAGAAUCUGUGCCGUCACGCACGCGCCGCCUGUGCUUGCUUACGUGUGGUUGCCCGAUAUUGUUUUUGGAACAUUUCUAUUCGUGCUUGCAGGAAGGAUCGGAUUUAAACGCGGUAGAUUUGGCUUCAACAUCUUCCGCAUGGAAAGAAAAGACCUUGUCGAUGCUCUCGUGUAUGGCAACCUCCAUUACUUCCUCUGCAUACUCGUUGCGAACGUUGUAAAUACGGGAAUCUGGCAAGGGUUAGGGUUUAGCUGGUUCGAAGCUCCAGAGGGAUUCGCAGCUGUCAUCGAAAUCAUCCUUGGGUGUCGGAUGGUACUGGACCUUAAUUCAGCGGUGUCUGAUUCUGACGGCUUGCGUCUAUUGGACUCGUUCCCACUCAGAGACUCUUUCGGUGUCAGAGAGGGUCCGUCAACACUUUAUUCUGCGAUUAGCACCUAUGAUCUUGAGACUCCGCAAGGUCAACAUCGGCUUACCCAAGAGAUUGAGUUAGUUUCUCCAACUAGUCCUAGGUCUGGGGAAAGCUCUCGUGUUCUCAUCGAGGGAGCAAACGAGUUGUGUAGCAGUCCGCUUCCUACCGUUGUUCAUUAGUGUACAAAACUGUUUGUACAGAAAUCUAUCACUCCGCGACUUCAUAAACCACAUUGAUU